UCAGAACUGCACACUAAAGCAGCACAAAUUCUGAAAAAAUAAAAGCUAAAACGUGAGGCAUCAGUGAAAUGUGAUUUAAUGUGAUGGUUUGUGUGGGACAAGUGGCUCCAAAGUGAUGUCUCAGUGCUUGCCUGCCUGCUGCUGGCAGCUGCACCAAACCAGCCUCUUUUGGUGCUCACUGGAAGGCUCAGCUUUGGUUUUAGGCCAGCUUUGUUCAGCCCAGGUCACCCUGGGUGCUCUGUGCCCUGCAGCUGCUCUGAGCUGCCCCCACAGUGAGAAAUCUCUGUGCAUGUGCAGGGUGGGUGUUUUCUGAUCACCUGUGUGUCCUUCUGGCUGCCCCUGCAGGUUCACUCAGGCAGUGGAGAGGAUGGAAGAGGCAGUUCUGGGCAUUGCCAACUUCCUAGCCUGCCAUAAAUGUGUCACCAGCUCAGUGCAGAGGUGGAGGGAGGAAUUUUCCUGCCCUGUCCCCUGAAAUUUCAGUGAGCAUUGCAGGCUUAUGAGUGGGAUUCAGGUGCAGGUGUUCGCAUGAAUGGACUCAGGUGCUCGUAGGUCACUAAGAACCCAAGGGCAAACUUUUGCAUACCCAUUUUAAAAUAAAUGUAUUUUAAUAGAGCUAUAUUUUGGCUUGUUCAAUGAGAUAAAGAGGUUUUUAGGUGAGUCCGAAGAGCCCAAGAGUGUAACCAAUGUACCCAAGAGGAAUGUACAAUGGAGAGCAGGUAGAUGGAGAAGGGAGUGGGAGCACACUUGUUUCAUGGGACCAAGAAAUUGUGUUUAUAGACACAGAAAUGGUAAUUUAAAUUCUAUCCUGGACUUAAAGUGUGGUAUGAGUGCACCUGAGCUGAAUGAGUUAUGCACCUGUGUCUUUCUGAUAAUUCAGGCUGUUAGUCUCUGUUGGCAUCAGUAACAUUUGAUGAAGUGUGACCACAAAAUAUUAUGGAGCUGGGGAAAGCAAUUUCAGAAUCAGAGCUGGAAAUAAUGAUUCUGUCUACUUGGUUAUUCAAUUAAUAAUCUUAAUAAUCUUCCCAGUAAAAAAUUGGUUGAAAUGCUUUUUUUCCUGGAUCCUAAUUUCUGCUGUGAGGGAAGGUAUGAAUAAUUAAAGGCAAACAAUGCUGUUUUGACUGCUGUAAUUGCAUGAGGAGCUGUGUGACGUGUCUGAUCCCCCAAGUCAGGUAACAGGGUGCUGUCUGGUGUCUUGUAGCACCAGGAAGGAAAAUCUGCAGUUAGCCAGAUGAUGUUCCCUGGUGUGACAGUGAAAUGCAGGGAAAUACAGUGAAACUGGUGCAGAAAGGGAAAGAAUCCCUUUGCCAGCUCCUAGAAGAGGACAAAUAUAGGGUAUUGCUGUCAUGUUUUGGUAUUGCUGGUGGGCUUCAGAGAAAAGCAGUAUUUAGAUAAAGCAUUAAUGAGUCCCUGGGAUAUAAAUUUUGUUUCAAAUUGAAAAAAAAAAGAAAAAAAAAAAAAGAAGAAGAAGAAGAAAAAAAAAAAGAAGCUGUGUGAGUACAGUUUAGUCCUGUGAUUGAACACAAUUUGUAGAAGUAUCUGUGAGCAAAGCAGAGAUAAAAUCUCUGUAUCUAUCGCAGAUAAUUGUCUGAGUGCUGAGCACCUGUUAAUUGUAAGGUAUUUCCAGGAAUGCUGUAAUAACGCAUUGUGCUUUUCAAAGCUGCAAGUGAGAAAGCACCUACAGAAGGAGUUAAUGCCUGUGGACUUGCUAGGAAUCAAGUUAGUUAGGAAACACAUUUGAGAGGAUUAACAUUGUUGUAGAAAUGAAUGUUUGGAGAGAUUGGCCAGGAGGGUGCUGAGGUGAAGAAUUUGGAAGGCACUGAGUCCUGUUGGUGGGCUGGUCAAGCUGCUCCCCAUCCCUGGAGCCAUGAGGGGGAGAGCCCAGAGCAGAGCAGGUGCUGCAGGAUCCCUUGGGAAGUGUUCCCCAGACCAAAAAGAGGAAAUUCACCUGUAUCCAUCCUGCCUAUCAGACUCAGAAACAGACACCAGUGUCCAUUAAAAAAGGCAACAUGAAGGAGCCUGAGAAGCCACGUGCAGAGGACAAAUUCUGCUGCAUUUCCAAGCUGAAGGUAUUUCUGCUGGCACUGUCACUUGCCUUCCUUGGGAAAACCAUGUCUGGUGCUUACAUGAACAGCAUGUACACACAGAUAGAGAAACAAUUUAAUAUCCCAGCUUCUUUAGUGGGCAUCAUUAAUGGAAGCUUUGAAAUUGGUAACUUGCUGCUGAUAGCAUUUGUGAGUUACUUUGGAGCAAAGCUUCACAGACCCAGAAUAAUUGCUUUGGGCUGCACAGUUCUGUCCUUUGGAUGUCUUUUGAUAUCACUUCCUCAUUUUCUGUUUGGGAGGUAUCACAUUGAAAGCAGCAUUUCACAAAGGGAAAAUGUCUCAGUGAUGCCUCUGUGCCUUGUUAAUCACAACUUGUCCUCUUUGCCUACAGAGGAACCAUCAACAGAAUGUGAACAAGAGCCUGGGUCCCUGCUGUGGAUUUUUGUGAUGGUUGGAAACAUCGUGAGAGGGAUGGGGGAAACUCCCAUCAUGCCUUUGGGAAUUUCCUAUUUGGAGGACUUUGCCAAAGCAGAGAAUUCACCUUUCUACCUGGCAUGUCUACAUACAGCAACUGUAAUUGGUCCCUUCCUUGGUUUGUUGUUGGCUUCAUUCUGUGCAGAGCUCUUUGUUGACAUUGGAUCAGUAGGUGCAGAUGAGAUAACUAUAGCAGCCACAGAUGCCCGCUGGGUUGGGGCCUGGUGGCUGGGCAUUUUGAUCUGUGCACUGCUCAAUCUGCUGGUGGCAAUUCCAUUCUGGUUCUUGCCCAAGUCCCUGGUGAAGGAAGGUGAAACCAAUGAACCUGAGGAGACAAGUGAAAAAACUGCAACACCAUUGCAAGAAAAUGAUAAGAAUGAAGCCAAGCAGACCAUGUAUGAAAUUGCUAAAGAUUUCAUCCCCUUCCUCAAGGCUCUGUUCCACAACCCUGUGUAUAUGUUAUUUAUAUGCAUAACUGUGCUACAGUUCAGUGCCUUUGAUGGCAUGAUAUCCUUCAUGCCCAAGUAUCUGGAACAGCAGUUUGGGAAAUCUGCAUCAGAUGCCAUCUUUUUGAUUGGUGUUUACAACUUGCCAGUUCUAUGCGUUGGGUAUUUUUCUGGAGGCUUGUUCAUGAAGAAAUUCAAGAUAAAUAUCUAUCAGGCUGCGAGCAUAGCAUUUUGGGUAUCUUUACUGGAAUACCUUCUCUACUUUGCUGCCUAUUGGACUGUCUGUGAUACCUCACCAGUUGCUGGUCUAACAGUUUCCUAUCAAGGAAUAGAACAAGUUUCAUAUGCAGAAAAUACUCUCCUGGCUGGCUGCAACAUGGAUUGUGAUUGCCCACUUAAAAUCUGGGACCCAGUUUGUGGGAGCAAUGGGAUCACUUAUGUGUCACCUUGUCUUGCUGGGUGUAAAUCCUCAAGAGGAACUGGAAGGAGUUUGGUAUUUGAAAACUGCACCUGUGUUGCAGCCUCAGGGUUUUCAUCUCAAAACAUCUCUGCAACUCUGGGCCACUGUGAUGGACAUGAAAGCUGUGACAAGAUGCUCCAUUAUUUUUUAAUCCUGACAUUAGUCUGCAGCUUCAUUUUUUCCUUAGCAGCCAUGCCUGGAUACAUGGUCUUAAUGAGGUCUCUAAAGCCUGAAGAGAAGUCAUUUGGAGUGGGUAUCCAUGGGCUGGCUUCAAGAGUGUUUGCUGGAAUUCCAUCUCCCAUUUAUUUUGGAGCAUUGAUAGACACCACUUGCUUGAAGUGGGGUACCAUGACUUGUGGUGGAGAAGGAGCGUGUAGGAUGUAUGAUGUUGUCACAUACAGGUGGCUCUAUCUUGGCCUGCCAGCAGUGUUACGUGGAGUGUCCUACAUCCCAAGCACACUUGUUCUUCUCAUUUUAAAGAAGCAACUGAAAUCUGAAAAGCCAGUCUUAUUAAAUGAACCAAUAGAAAUGCAGGAUAAAGGACAAGAAGCAGUGAAAUAGCAUUUCACAGAAGGACAUGUUGGGAAAAAAACAUUGCAGUGUAAAUAUUGGAUAUAUCCUUGUGAAAAAUUUUUUACUUUAAGUAAGGAACAGUUGGACAGAGAUGAAUAGAAUUACACAUAGUUGUAUCCUACUUAUAUUAUAAAAGUAUCAAUUUAUAAAGACAAGGCAUGGGAAAAAUAUGUUUGGUGCAAAAGAACAAGGGCUAGAAAUAAGAAAACUUAUGCCAGGUUUGAGUUGUCUGAACAAAGGGCUCUGAAGCAGGAACAUAUGUCUUCAGUGCUGUUUCACUGAAAAUAGAGAGAAUUUUACAUUUGACUCCAAGUGAUGCCAGAUUUCAUCUAGGAAUUCUCACAGGGUUUCUGUCAGAGUGUCACUGACUGUAGACAGCAUUUGUGGCUUCUUUGGGCCCCAGUUUUCCAUAAACUUAUUUAAUGAUAUUAUUAGUCCUUUCAGGCAGGGAUUAUUUGUUAUUCUGCAUAGUAUAAGUCGUCAAUAUAUUGGUUUAUGAUAUGGUCUGGGUGUUGUGGUAACAACAAUAAAUUUUAAAAAUUACAUUUUUAAAAAA